AUGUUGACCACUGCAGCUCUUAUUCUCAUUGUCACCAGUAAAGUUGUCCUAGGACAGGAUGACAGACUGGCUGUUAAAAGACAGAGAUAUCCAUUGAAUAUGGCAGAGGAUUCAGUUGAUAAUCUGUAUGAAGGCUGUACAGAGAAGAUGGAAAAAUUGGUGGAGACAAAAUAUCUACCUGAAGAAAUCACUGCUAACAUAUCAGGCUUUGGAACAGUUUGGGAAAACAGUGAAAAUAACAUCCCUGGACCAAAAGACAAUCUGAAAAGAAACCAUUUAAUUGCCAUUUCUGUGUAUACUGGUGUUAUAGUAUACAGUAAAUUUAAUCAGGAUGUUAGGACCGGUAAACAGAAAUACAAAGACAAGACAUACAAAUGGUACUCGCUUCAUUUUUGGUUGACACAAGCGAUACAGACUCUAAAGAAGACUGAAAAGGGAUGCAAGUCAACUUAUCGUGGUACCAAUGUUACAUUUGAUGGUGUCAAUAACACAGAGAUUCGUUUUGGCUCAUUUGCGUCCUCCUCUCUUGAUCGUAAAGCAACAAUUGCUUUCGGAACUGAAUCUUGUUUUGAAAUCGAGACUUGUCACGGUGCUGAUGUGUCAAAGUACUCCCAGUUUCCUAAUCAGAAAGAGGUGUUGAUUCCCCCGUAUGAGACAUUUAAUAUCACUGAUAUCAGGAACGGUCAGAAGGGUGACUGGUGUAAUACUGUGUUUGUGUUGGAAAGCUCUGGAAUAAGAAGUGACUUAAACUGUGCAGUGGCAUCAGCCGAUUCCUAGAUAUAUCUCUUUCGCUGUGGCUGACCAGCUUUUACAUCUUCAUUAAUUUCUCUUUUUUAUAUUAAAUAUAACUUUCACUUCUUAUAGAGCUCCACACAUAAUAUGCAGGAAAAAAUGAUAUCCUGGCCAUGAAUUUGUCAGGAUCCUGCCUGAAUCUUGUUUUGUAUUAUAUCUAGUCAUGUUGGUAGGGUCCUGACAGUACAAUGUUUUGUGUGGGAAAUGCGUAGUCUCAAUGAGCUCGUUAACAUGUACACAAAUAAUGCGAUUAUUUCCAAUAAUCAGAGUAAGGACUUAAUCGCAGUAAGACGUUACAUGACUGGAGCUAACCUCUUCACGUCUGUUUUCAUGCAGUUUUUAUUUUCGGAUUAUUCACACAUAUGCAGAGCACAAAUGAUGAACUCGCAUAUAACUAUAUACAUUGUUAUA